AUUUGUAAAAUUGUUACCUAUUCUCCUCCUAAUAACUUCAAUCUCAUAAAAAAAAUGAGAAUUUGCAAGAGUCGACCACCAUUUCCUUUUCCUGCACUACCUGACCUUCUAUCUAGGUCUAAUCACCGUUUAUCACAAGGUAAUCUACACUCUGAGGAUCCUUUCUUGGAUGAAGAAACAAGUCGGCGAGUAGGAUGGCAAUGCUAUCCCUUGAAAAAUCCUUCAUGUCAAACUGUUGAAGAAGGAUCAAAUGGUAAGUUGCAGCUGGUGGUCACUGGGGAAAUCAGUUCAAUAAAUUGUGAAGAUACGGAUAACUGGAAAUAUCAUAGCAUCAAGGAGAACUCAAGUCAGGUCUUUGGAGGAAAGCAUGGGGGACAAGGCAAUGACGGCGAUGAAUCAUAUGUGUCUAACAUCAACCACGAAUAAACUUGUUUCUUAGCCUUUAUGUUCAUUAUACCUACCGUACUAGAUGAAAAUUGAUUAUUUUAUCUAAUUCUUGCAAUCGAUACUAGUUUAUUUAAAUUACCAUGUAUUCUUAGUGACUUUGUUCCAUAUAUGCCCCAUGACAAUGUCAUUCUUUCAGCAUGCAAAAAAUUUAACUCUUAUUUUGGUUUGAUGACAGAGCUGUAAAUGCUGCUGGUGCUGGAGUUAAUUUUGUUACCAAAUUGCCCUUUGCUUGCUGCUGCAGUGUAAACAAAUGAGUUGAUAUAUG